AUGGCAGCCUCCGUGGAGAGUCACCGUCGCCCACACCCGCCUGCGAUGAAUGACAACCAGCGCAGCCACGGGUUUCACCACCCCACCGUAUGGGGGGACUUCUUCCUUGGUUUCAGGCCAUUCUCUCCGGCGCAGUGUAUUUCCAUGAAAAACAAGGCUGAAGUAAUAAAAGAAGAGCUGAGGGCGACAAUAGUAGAUUCGGGUUCUGUUGAUCUGCCUCAGAAGCUUGAGCUUGUCGAUACUUUACAGCGGCUUGGUUUGGACUACCACUAUGGGACGGAGAUCAAUGAUUUGUUGUGUGGGAUUCAUGAUGCCGGCGAUGAAGCCCACGAUCUUCACACGGCGGCCCUUCGAUUUUAUUUGCUCAGGAAACAGGGAUUGAAUGUUUCACCAGAUGUAUUCCUAAAGUUCAUAGAUGACGAAGGAAAGAUUACGUGCAACGACACAAGAAGCCUCUUGGGCGUGUACAACGCUGCCCAUGUUCGAACCCAUGGUGAAGAAACACUCAGCAGCGCGAUGGCUUACGCAAAAGACCAUCUUGAGCGUGCCGUGGAGCAACAGACAAUUCCACCAUCAAUAUUGCUCGAUCAGGUGCGGCGCGCGCUGAAAACACCUCUUUUCAGGAGGCCUCGCAGAGUUGAAGCGCGACACUUCAUCUCAGUUUAUGAGAGAAUGAGUACAAGGAAUGAGGCCAUUUUGGAGCUUGCAAAGCUGGACUUCAGUAUUCUGCAAGCCCUGUACUGUGAGGAGCUGAGGGCUCUUACUCUGUGGUGGGAAGGACUGCAACUACAAGACCACUUGAGCUUCGCACGAGACAGGAUGGUGGAGAUGCACUUUUGGAUGCUUGGAGUUUUAUUUGAGCCACAAUAUUCAUACGGACGAAUAGUGCUCACAAAGUUCUUUACAUUUAUAUCGAUAUUCGAUGACAUUUACGACAGCUACAGCACCUUAGAAGAAAGCAGGCUCCUCACCAUGGCAAUGGAAAGGUGGGAUGAACAAGCCGCUGAACACCUCCCAGGUUACACGAAGUUUUUCUACAGAAAAGUACUCGCGACCAUGAAGGUCAUUGAAAAAGAUUUGGAUAGUCAAGGAAACAAGCAUGCAGACUAUGUAAAAAAGCUAACAUACAAAACUAAUAUCAUAAUAUUUGUCGUCUUAAAAGUUAUCACCUAUACUUAUGAAGAGCAUGUUUUAUUAAUGUUCAACAACAACAAAGCCGCCACGUUACAGACGCCGGCUGAGGUUUGGCACACAAUCCUCGCCAUGUUUGCUGCUCAGAGUCAAGCUCAAGCGAUCAACACCAGCAUCGAGCUUACCAAUCUUCAGAAAGGUAACAUGGCCAUGGCCGAGUAUCUUGCAAGAUUAAAAGUCUCACAGAUGAAGUUUCCUGUACUGCCGCCGCGCUCUUCGGUCCGGAGAUUGUAUCCAAGAUCCAUGCCGGUCUGGACAUGGAAUAUAACCAUGUCGUCUCAAUGCUUGCUGCUCGGGUGA